CCUCAAAGGAGUCACGAUGUGCUCCCCAGUAAUUCCCCGUUUCUUUAACACAAUCUCCGCACCCGUCUACAAGCCAGCCUCCAAAUUUACGUUCAGCUCCAAAGUAACCAAAGUAAACUCCAUUAAUGCUGCCGUCAAGUCUUUCUAGAUAAUCCGCUCAAGCUCGUCUAUCUCGUCUUAAUAUUUACUCUCGUCUCUCCACGCCUUAUUUUUCUCAAUCUGCUCAUCUCUAUGGCUCGUGCCGCUGCUCACUCUCUGGCCCAUCGGGGGCCACCAACAACAACAUCACAUUCGCACACUCGGGUUCGCUGGCAACCCUACUAUGCCACCCUUUCAUCAGUUUCCUCACGCCAAUCUCCUUCAUAUCUCGUCACUCCCGCCUCAUCUGUAUCAUCCAUCACACCUUCACCUCUAUCAGCAUCAGUCUAUGAACAAGAACGACAGCGAAAUCCUCAAUUUCACCCCCGAGAAUAUCAGCUCCGCGACUCCCAGAAAUCGAAAUAUGUCACUGGUUUAGUCGAUCAAGCUGUAGGAUCAAUAUGCGAAAUAUGGAACCCUCAGGAUAUACCUUUUGUCUUUUUGACAUCAUCUCGUCCGACCGUGGCUACCGCUUCUACCGACUCCGUUCUUGUAUCCGUCCCCAGUAUUCCACUCCACGGGCGUAAUACUCAGCUGCCCUCUCCCAUAUCUCCAACGACACAGUCUUCUCCCACGCCCGCUCCAUGUAUCCCAAAUCCGUACUCCAUUCAAUCCCCAGAGACACUCCUGACGCCCGAUUCGAGAGAUCAGGCACCGCGUUGUGACAUUGCCCCCAUGAAAGGGUUUGUUCAUGAGGUUCUUCGUCGUUCUCGCACGUCAGGCACCGUUCUACAGACAGCCCUUUGUUACUUGGAAGCUAUCCGCGCCAAGGUCCCAGAGCUGGUCUCGCAGGAGAAGGGUUACCCUGGGUCCACUUGCGAAAAGGAAUCGGUUGAACGGAUCGUCAAAAGUGAGGUCAGCGCAUUUGGCGCUGGCCUUGAUGGUCCUACUUCUUCUUCGGAAACAUCGGCACGCAAUGGCUUGCUAGAUACUAUUCGCAUCAAUCCUGUUACACUUGAGGCCGAUUCUGUAUUUGCAGAGCCGGUAUUCGACGCAGAGAAGGUGUCUUCCCACAAGCCUAAGCAGAGUAGUGGCUGUUUAACGCCGCUUCCUCCACUUCCCUCGCCGCUUCUGUGUCCUCGCCGCACUUUCCUCGCGUCACUCAUUCUUGCAUCGAAAUUCAUGCAAGAUCGUUGUUACUCGAAUCGUGCAUGGGCUAAACUUUCGGGCCUUCCGCCACGGGAGAUUGGCCGUUGCGAACGUGCUCUGGGUGAGGCGCUUGAGUGGCGCCUCUGGGUUGGCAAGCUGCCUACAGCGCCAGUUGCUACUGGACGCGCGCUCACAAAGUGCAAAAGUGAAAGCAACAUUUUGCUUAGGAGCAGUCCGAGAACGCAAUCGGUUAUGGAGACUAGCCCCGUUGUAUCAUCACCGAUAUCAGUGGGCUCACCUCUGGUGACAAGGCCUCGUGUGGGUCUCAGGCGGCACGCCACGCUACCCGCACACACCUAUCGCGAGGACUCAUGUUCGGCGACGAUUUCGUCUGCCGUUGAGACUUCGCGGUGGAUGUCAAUCGAAUCGAGUCUGGGAAUGGAUAACAGUCCGAACGACUCCGAGAUCAGUCCACCGACGCCUGGUCUCAGCUACUCGCCUACGCCCACAGAGUCAUCGCUUGGGGAUCGCACUAUUCAGAUGUCAAGUUUCAUGGACAUGUCAACGCCGCCGCCGCCAUCCUGUCAGUUCGCCGCCUUUUCGAGUGCGCAGAACGACAAGAUGUUGCAGCCGGUACCGAUUCCGUUCAUGUACUCGAUGCCGAACGAUGUGUGUCGGAAUCACCAUGAGGAUCAGCCAUAUUUUGCCGCGGGUCUUUCAGUAUCGCACACCGAAUCCUGGCCAUCGGUAUAUGCUUUUUGACUACUAUCGCCCAUGGACACCCACGUGUUUGCUGUGCUAACUAGUUUGAUCAAUUAUGCCUAUGCGUCUCUAUUUUUCUGUCUUGUUCAUCUUCCUUCUGUACAUAUAGUUUAUUUGUUGCCUGUCCGAGUAUGUGCUUAUGUCUUGUUGUUUUGGGAGUGCAGCGGCAUCUGCUUCACCAUGAACACUUUGGGUCCUCCUGUCUUCUUGUGUACUAGUAUAUAAUCAUACCCUAUAGACUUGCUUUGAGCAUCAACAGGCGCGAGUAGAGGCUGCGGGACCAGUCCAAUUUUUUUUUCAUUAG